CACAAACCAGUGAAUUAUGUGGCAAUCAAUGACAAUAAUUCGCCACCGCUCCGAGCGUCUCCGAGCUCGUGGCCGUCCUGUGACCCCAUUAGUCUACGAGCAUCUCUGAGACGUGGCAUUCAAUCGACCUCUACCUGCCCCUACCUGCUCGUCAAGCUUGAAGCUUGAAGGGGAACCGAUGGUCAUACCAACCCGAUCAAGCGUCAUCCUUGCAUUCGUUUGCGGAAAACUCGUCAGGUUGCACGUCAUCCUGGAUCCUGAGUGGUCCGAUUGCAUACAAAUUAAGUUCAAAGUCACGACAAUACGUGGACUAUGGUGUGACAGCAGGACCCUGAUGAUCUCUACCGAGGGCUACCCCACCAGACUUUUACACGAAAGCCUUGCCCUGUGUUGCUGGUAAUGUACGCUAGUACUUUGACUACUCGUCUUCAUAAAAUUCCAUCAUCUCCGUUGCUCUACUUUGUCCUGGGCGAGCAUUUAUG